AUGGGUCACUAUGUGCCCGAAUCAGUGGAACCGCCUGAAUUAGGGGGGUUCCAAAGGUUCUGGACCACUCUCAUAACAAAUACCGCGUAUUUGUCUGGUCUGUUGACUCUCGAUUACUCUCUUAAGAGAGCUGGAUCAAAGUAUCCUCUCGUUGCUCUUUACACAGAUUCAUUUCCUGCGGAUGGACACAAAGCUCUGGACUCGAGGGGAAUAGCGAAACGGCAUGUACCAUAUCUUCUCCCAGCGGUCCCGAAAGAUUUCACCAACGACAUGCGCUUCUACGACUGCUGGAGCAAGCUCACACCGUUCUCACUCAUUGAAUAUGAUCGCGUUGUGCAGCUGGACAGUGAUAUGGCGAUCCUUCAAAAUAUGGAUGAGUUAAUGGACAUCACUUUGGAUGCGGCAAGCAUGAAUGGAACGGGUGACCGAGUGUUUGCUGCUAGCCACGCAUGUGUCUGCAAUCCGCUUCACAAACCUCACUAUCCCAGAGACUGGGUUCCGGCCAAUUGUGCCUAUUCCACUCAGCAUGACAGUCCAGAUAUCGCACAAACAGCCGGGCCUCCAGCCACCGCAGGAUUAGGGAUACCAAAUGGUGGCUUGCAGGUGGUGAACCCAUCUCAAGCGAUUUAUGACAAAAUCGUAGCACAGCUUGCCUCCUCUACAACAUUGCAAUAUGAUUUCGCUGAUCAGUCCCUCCUCGGCGAUAUUUUUAACGGUCGGUGGGUUGCGCUGCCGUACGUAUACAAUGCGCUCAAAACACUCCGAUGGAAAGGAAUACAUGACGUCAUAUGGCGCGAUAAGAGUGUGAAAAAUAUACACUAUAUACUUAGCCCGAAACCGUGGGAUGAAUGGGCAGAUGGACAAGGUCACGAUCCCUCCCAUGCCUGGUGGAUAUCAUUGAAUGCGGAAAGACUAGCAGAGGAACAACAGAGAGGCCUCACAGACGGUUUUUGA